GGCGAGGGUGAGGAUGAGGGCGAGGGUGAGGAUCAGGGUGAGGGCGAGGGUGAGGAUGAGUGUGAGGGUGAGUUUGAGGAUGAGGGUGAGUAUGUGGGUGAGGGUGAGGAUCAGGGUGAGGGCGAGGAUGAGCGUGAGGAUGAGGGUGAGUAUGCAGGUGAGGAUCAGGGUGAGGGUGAGGGCAAGGAUGAGGGCGAGUGUGAGGAUGAGGGUGAGUAUGCAGGUGAGGGCGAGGGUGAGGAUGAGGGUGAGGGCGAGGACGAGUGUGAGGAUGAGG